GCAACUAUCUCCUCCUUUGCUAAGAAGUGAGAAAAGCUCACAGAAUACAGACCAUUCCAGAACUGAAACCUCCCAUCUGCUCCCAGCUAUUUUAUUUAUCCAUUUACUUAUUUAGUUUCUUUGUUUUCAAAGAAAAAUAUGUUUCUGCCAACAUUCCAGUGAGGGCGACUGGGCAACUGAAAGGAAACCAAGGAGACAGAGAGAAUGCCAGAGUCAGAAAAGCUUGUUCAGAUAGAAAAACCGGGAGAAAGAGCACUAAGGGGAGGAAAAGAAAAAAAAAAUCAAGAAAGAAAAAGGCAUAUACAGAAAUAUAGGAAUAAAUGCAGAAAUAGGGGAAGAAAAAAGAUUAGGUGCAGGAAAAGGAAAACAUAGCAAAAAAACCCAAGAAUUAAAUUGGUGAGAAACCUGAGAAGGCAAGCAUGGCAAGAAAACUCAAGGAGGAUACAAUAAAUAGCCAGAGGAGCCUUGCUAAGGAGGUUUGGCUGAUAUGAAAUAACAUUUAGAUAGUUUAACAAGCAAAGCCAGUGGGCUUUGUUUUGAAUGCAAAUAUUCUUUACAGCUGCAUGCAAAUAAAAUUCCAAUGUGUUUUUUUAUUCUAAGAACGAGAGCAUAAUGGCUGAAUAGUUGAAGUCCUUUUUCAUAAAAAGAUAGAUAUCAGGGCAGCUGCAUUGAUGGACAGAGGCAAGAAAUUAUUAUAAUAGUAUCCAAUUAGGUUUUUCAGCGACCAACAUUGUUGCUCUUUUACAGGCAUCUUGUGAAGGUGCUGUUGAGGUUGAUACAGAAUGGUUGCUGUUUUCAUCUCUUUAAAACUGAGGUAGCUAAAGCAGUGCAGGCCCUUUAUGCAUAUACAUAUCACAUUAGGACAGAUUUUCGUUAACAUUGCUUGCCUUAGUUUCAGUCUGCCAUUGAGUUAGAAUAGUCACUAUACACGGGGAAGGUCAGAAGAAAAUUCAAGUGAUCUGGUUGAAGUCAGCAGUACCUACAGGAGAGACAGUGAUUUAUACCACUGCAGUUUUGGUAAUGCCCAAAAUCUUUGUUCAGAUUUCUCUAAUGUCAACUGUAGAACAAAACAUAAAUGAUGAUAAAAGACGGACUUUACAGUCCCAGUGAAAUGGAAGAAUAUAGGAAAUGGAGGCAUAAAAACCUGAAAAUGGUGCCUCCUAAUUUUCCCCACAAUAUGAACUUUUAUCAGUUUGUCUGCUAACAGGUAGCUUCAUUUGCAUUUCUUCUACUCGGUGCAACUGUUGUUCUUCUUUAUUAUGUCCUAUUAGAAGCAGGGUGAGUGCUGUGAAUGCUGACACUGAGGACUUCAACAGUUUGUAUAUUUUGGAUGUGGCCAAUUUAAGAAAAGGUUUUGACAACAGAUCUUUUCUAAAUGUUAAAGAAUUUAAAGCAAAUGGCUUUUAAAAUUGCCAAUUUUGCCCCUUCCUCAAUGGCGUUUAAAAAUUUACAGGUAUUCUAUUUUUCAAUAUAAUUAAUAUAAUAUGAUAUCUAUACUUUUGCUUUAUUUUCUUUUUAAUUGCUAUUUCUUCUCCCAGUCUCUCUAUGUGCACAUGAAACCUCUCUGUAAGCAUGGACCUGUAUACCUCUCUCACUCUGAUGCCUCUUUUAAUUGAAAGGGUGUGUCCAAUUCAGGCACUGCAAGCUGCCCCAGUUUCAUCACAUAUUUUAAAAUCCUGUACUCCCCAUAGCCCCACUACUGCACUCACGGAGCUGUGUGAGGAUCUCAGAAUGAUGUACAUGUCAGCACUGCAACACUAAACAUUGGAGUAGCCCUUUCAGUGUGUGAUUUUUGGAUUUUUGGAGCUGAUUUUCUUGGGAGGAGGGCUAGAGGGGCGCCACUCCUGGUUUUAGACUGUAAGGGUAAAAAAACCCACUAAAAUCUGUUCCACCUUAGAGGACUACUAAAAGAGAAUACAAAUGGUACAAAAGACUGGACCUCAAGUGAGACAGAUACUGUAUUGUUUGGAAAGCUCAACUGUGAUUUCAUCUCUGCUGGACCGGCUCUAGUGAACCUCUCUGUGUAGGAGGAACACACCGCUCUGCUUCCCAGCAGUGACUUCUUUAGCCAGCUCUGGUUACUGCUCCAGUGCUUGAUCACUGUGCUGCAACAAGAGGGUUAAUCCUGCUGGCUUCGCUCCAGGGUUUGUGCUGUCCAGAAGAGAUGGGAAUCCAUCGUGUCUUUACUGGCAUUUUACUUGUGGCUGCAGCCUUGUCUGUAUGGAAAAGCUGCACCAGUUAAAUUAAAUAUGGUGUUCUAUGUACUCCAGACUCUGUAUGGACACAUAUACUGGGCUUACAUGAGGGAUUUAUAUAUUUGUUAAGCUUAAAGUGUUACCUGUCCCCCUGAGAGAGCAGUCUUGGAAAAUGUUCUGUGAGAGAAGCCAUAUUUGAGCUCAGCUGCUUGAAGAAAGGGGAAUAUGGAGGAACAGGUGAAACAACCAGGAGAAAUUGGCCCUGAGACAGUACAAAGGAUCAGAAAGGAACUAUGUUUAUGAUAGUAAGAACUACAGAAAGAGCAGCAAAGGAAACACCAAAGCACAGCAAAUGAAGAAGGAAAAUUCUGGCAAUUCACCAUAACCACCUUGUCCAGGAAAGGCCUGAAGCUUGUGGCUGUCACCAACCAAUAGCAAAGAGCUCACUGAUUUCCUCUUCUUGUGGUCAGUUCUUCACAGUGCUGAACUGAUUUGAAGGAGCUGAGUGGGUAUUAAUCAGAGUUUCAUGGACUACCUUAGUGCAUUUUGUGACUGCAAGACUGUAUGCCCUCUAAGCACUGCCUUGUUGAUUUGGAAAUAGAGGGGUGAAGAAUUCCUUAUUUUUGUAGAUGGGACAACAGAAAGCAUGACUAUGAGUCAAAAAGAGACAAAUUGUGUCCAGGCUGCUGCACUUUGCAGUGUUUGCACUUCUACAGUGGGUUGGAUACAAAGUCAGAUGUGAAUCUCCAAAAAUUGGGGAUAGAUGGAUCAGGCCUUGAACUCAUGUCCCUUCCCUCUGAUGACCUCAGCAAAACCUGCAGAACAACUGCAGGAUGAUGUCAGACCUCAGGUAUUAGUGGAGCCCCUCAGCAGUGUGGGACCCAAGAAAAUUCAUUUCAGCCCCAAUUCACAUGACUAGUAGUCCUGCAUUAUUGACAUGAUACAUUCACAUAUCUUACAGCAGUUCAUUAAUUUCUUAUCAGUCAGAUGUAACUUAAUGCCCAUUACCGUGAGAAUAUGUGAAGGCCAAGAAGACAAAGAAGGAAAGGGAAAGAAAUCAGUAGGAAUUUAAAUGCUGGUCUAAGACCUAUACAAAUAGUAUGCCUCAGGAUCACUCACCCGUCUGCUGAGACACAGAAGUCUCUGGGGUGAAAUGCAUCAGGUGAUUUUAAUUUCUAGGAAGGCCAGUUUUGUGUCUUAUCCAUGCUACUAUCGCUGUAGCAUCCCUGGUAACAUAAUGGGAUCGGUACCAACUGGGAAGGAAAAUAACUUUUUGCUGAAUCACUGUCACUGCUUCUGAUCUUAGGUAAACACCUACAGGCACUGGAGUCAGCACUUAGGGAAUAUGUGUUUCCUUUAUGAGUCACCCAUGCCUUUUACUGCAGCACAGUUCGUCACACCAUACUGUGGCCUUGAUACCUGAAUUUUUAGAAGGAAGAGUGCUUCAUCUUGAGUCAUCAGCUGUAGAUGUCCCCAGGAUACCCUGUGAUGGAGGACAGCAGCCCACAAAUCACAAGACAGCAACGGGGUGAAUGAGAAGGGAAGGUGCAGAAGGAUGUUAAUUUUUCAUAUCUCCUAGCUGUGAGGGCUGUCCAACUACCUUUGUCAAUGUCAUGGGGCAAGGAUGGGGGAAAAAAAACAAGAUCCUUUUCUGUCUCAAAAAGCAAACCGAUUAAACAGUUGUGAAUCCAGUAGACAAUUAGGAGAGCUAAGAGGAGAUACUUCAUGCCAGAUGGAGGCCUGCAGAUGCAGAGCCACAUCUCUUGAAGAGUGUGCCUGGACUGCAAGAGGAAAAAGGGGCGUUCUCAUGCCAUUGUGCUGCGGCUCCCUCCGGUGUCCACCGCGAGCAAGAGCAGCAUGAUACCUCCAGCUAUUUCUCCGCGGCUUGUCUGGCCUGUAAAAUACAGAACUGCUUCUUAGCCAGCGAUUCCGUCACCAGGAGCAUCGACCAAGCUCUCCAAAUGGAGGCGUGCUGCUAGCACCACGGGUCUACCCACACCGAGCUGCUGGGGGAGGACACAGUCUUCCAGUUUGAAAGAAGGAUUUAAAGCUCAGAAGCAAUCGGCAGAAACUUUGCCCAAGAUUGGUUGUGAAUCCUGUGCUCUGUGGGAGAUGGUGGUACAUCAACACAUUGGUAGAUCAAAACAUUUGGCAUCAAUGAAAGUUUCCUAAUAAAUGUGUUCAAAACUCACAAAGUCUUCAGGAUGUUUCAGUUAUCCCGUUAAGCAGUAACAGAGGCUUGAAUGACAACACAGAAGUACAGAGAAAAACAAAAACCAAACCAAGGUGUGUGGAGUAUUGUAACCCAAACAUACUGAUAUGUGGACUUCCAGUAAAAGCCAAGAAUCUUAGAGGAUUACUCAACCUGAGGUGUGGUUAUAACUUCCAUCACAUUCUUUUUGUUGUGUAAUAACCUCACCAGCACUUCCAAUGCACCCAGUUUUAGCUGGUCUCUGAAAGUGCAAAUGUUGGUGUCUCGCUCCAGUGAAACAGUGCAAUGCUGUUUGGCUCCAGAAGGCUGUCCUGGUACCAGGGAAAUUCCUAGCUUUCCCCAUCCCCUCUGUCCCUCCUCUAGUACGGUCCACCAAUGGUGCAUCCUCCAGGGGCCUUGGGAGGACCAGAAAUAAGAAGGAGCAGUCAUUUCCCUCUUGAGCACUGCCACACCCAAUGCUCAGCCACUAUCAGAAAUUGUAUUUUUGAAGACAACCAAAAGAAGAACGUAUUCCGGGUGUGGCUGCAUGUGAUUUACCCAAUAGCUAAAGUGGGGGGACGCCGAAGGGGAAAGACAGAACGUUUGCUGCCGAAGGGAGUGGAAGCUGAGGGCUGCAGGAUGAAGAACUCUGGAACCUGUAUACUGUUGUGUCUCUUGGCACUCUUCUUGUCCCCAGCUGACUGGUUUCCAUGGGUGGUCAAUGGGCAAGAACCAGAAAGUGCAACUGGUGAUGUUACCCCUGCCUCUCUUCUCAGCAGCCCUGCUGCAGCUGUUACACCACCUGCAGUUCCUCCUUCCGUUCUGUCUGACAGUGAAACUGCAACAGCUUCAUCAGAUUGUCGUGAAGAAAAGUUCCCUUGCACGCGCCUGUACUCUGUUCACAAACCAGUAAAGCAGUGUAUCAGCUACCUCUGUGUUACAAGUGUGCGUCGCAUGUACAUAAUAAACAAGGAGGUGUGCUCUCGCAUUGUCUGCAAGGAGAAUGAGGUCAUGCAAGAUGAGAUCUGUCGCCAGCUGGCUGGCCUUCCUCCUCGACGUCUCCGCCGAUCUGGGCAACCCCUGCCUCUCCCUUGCAGACAGCUCCUGGAGCAGCAGCAUGGAAGGCCUGAUGCUCUGUGAGCUCCCAACAGCAGGAGAGGAAAAGGAAGGAAGAGAAGAGAAAUCCUUACCCGCUACCUACCCAAGACAAGUCCUUCUUGUUUGUGAUUUCCCCACCAUUUUCUUGCUUCUAUGCCUUCCCCUACAUUCUCUUCUUCAGGUGCUGCAGUACACAGAGUACUCUGAUAGUCUGUUUUGGUGGCUGUCGUCAUCUUUAAAAUCUGUUGCUGAGGAUAGAAGAUGCUCCCUCCUUUCCCUCUGUCUGGCAGGCCAUGAGCUGCUCAUUUCCCAGAGGUCCUUAUAAAUGUGCUGCAUCUUCUCUUGCUUUGUCCCUGGAGGGAUAUUCUGUGUGGGGACAGGAUGUAGUCCUCUCCAGUGGUACAGAUGCCCUAAGCUGCAUUUCAUGUGGAGGAGUACAAACUAGGACUAGGCCCUAGGACUCCUGCCCUUUAUUUCUUGCAAUGGCAUCAGUAUGAGCUCAGAUAUUGUUAGUCAGCCUGAGCCUCUCUGAUUCUCCUGAGCCACUGCGUUUGUUGUGUGAUAGCCCAAUCUCCUCCUUGUGUCUGCUGGCAUCAGAGAAGUGACAGAAAUGGGAGAUGAGCUAUCCUGAACCCAAGGCAAACCUCAUUGCCCCUGGAUGGCAACAGAUCAUUUAUAACUCCCUCUGGGAAGUUCUUUGUCCCAAGCCCAUUGCCUCCCUCACACACAACUGCUACCGAAAGGAAGAAUUCUGGAUUUAGUAUGGCAUUAUAUUUUCUCGAGAAGAUUAUGUUGGAACAGAGUGCUGCCUCUUACACUCCCUCGUCUCCUCUCCCCAUUCUUGUCCCUCCCUUCCCAUUGAAGACAUCUCUUGAUGUCCAUUCCAGGCAAGUUCCACAGAGCAGUAAUUAUGGCUGUCUCCACUCCUAAGCCCAAGAAAGCCCAUGAAGAACCUGCGUGUCCUGACAGUACGGGGAACUUGCAAUGAAUUAGCUUGUCCUGGUGUCUUGUCUUGGUCUGGCUACCUCCACACUCUCCAGUUGCUGAGCUUGCUUUCAAUAUCUCCACUUGAGUUCCUACCUCUUGACCUGGAAGCUUCUGCACAAAGCAGAAAGGAGUUACAAACUGGAAUCAGAUGUGAGAUAAGAAUCAUCAUCUGGGAUCCCUGGUUAUCAGGGACCUGGGAUUUUCCUGCAAGUUCUCUGACUUUGCUGGCCUGUACAGAGCCAGGUGCUGACGGGGAAGGUAAACAUAUCUGCAGAUAUAAGUGCUUAUAGAGGCAGGCCAGCCUGGGGAGAAGAAUUACUCUGGUAGCACUGGAUGUCUGGUCUGCUCAAGAACUUUGUAUUUCAGAUAUAUGGAGAACAUUUCCAGGUAUAUGGGCAGUUUACAUGAUGACACUGGGUAGGGUAAGUGGGGAAGAGCAGUCUGAACUGUAUUGAUUAUUCUGUGUGACUCUCAGUGGCAUGAUUCUGUGAGGCACCGGAGCACUGUACCAGAUCAGCAAGACCCUGUCUCUAGGACCUCUGUGUUGUUCCCAACUAACAGAGAGCCAGUUCGCCAGAUUAGGCAUUCACCCCCAUCACAUAAUAUACUCUGCUGCUGAACAGAGUACCAUUCACCCUUGCAGAGACACUGCUCUCCUGCACAGAGCCAGGGUCACACAAUAUCAGGGACAGUUUGCUGCACAGAGGCAGAUGUCUCUUGAGAAAAAGAGUAAAACAAUUAAUGUAAGACCCUCUCACCUGGACUAGGAUUUCUGCUGUAUGCAUCAAUAAGCUGUUUACAUCCUCUCUGUAGGAGAAGACACCCUGUGCAGACAGAUUUGUUCCAUAUGAGGUCAAAAUUGUCCAUAGACGGGCUAAAUCUCUCUGUAUUAAGCCAGUACACAGGAGAAAGAAUUUCAAGUUAUGCAGUGUCUGGAAUUUCAUCCUAUAUACAUAGGAGCAUUGCACCCCUACUCAGGGAAUGAUGCUCCUCCUCAGUCUAGGCUCUGGAGACUAGGUAUGGAGGAGGAAUUUCUCUGUGCUGAGAGAGUGCAUGUUUCUGUAGAAAGGAGGUCACUGAGAGCUUGAUCUCACAGAAAUUCAAGCCACUGGCAGCCACUGACUUCCAUGAUGGGAUACCUCUGAAAAUUGCCUGUGUGGAGGAAGGUAGGAUGGAGACGAGAUAUUAGAGGGACAUCUUGGAAAUUGGACUAGGCCAAGUCUCCACUUUGUAUUUAGAGUUGACUAUAAGUUGAUAUAGAUAUAUAGCUGUGUAACAUAGCUCCUGUACAGCAUAUAGAAAUUUAACAUUUAACAGUUUGGGAAGUAGUUAGAAGCCUUUCUGUUGCUUGCUUUCAGCAGGGUCAGGAAGAGGUGCUCCUGUCCAGGAGAACAUUGUUUUAAUGCUAGAGUCUAUAUAAUGCGUAUUAAAGGAAAAUUUAUUUCCUAUUAUUCUUGGCAACUCUCACGUGUUUGGGUCUAUUUGUCACUUGCUGUAUUUCCUCCAGAUUUGUGAGGAAACUUGACUCCAACCCAAAUCUGUCAUUUGGACCUUUUUACUCCCUGCUAGCCUAGUCCUCUGCUACCACCCUCCCUUCACUCGUGAAUCACAGGUCUUCCUGGGAAGUCAUUAUUUUUUUCUAGAGAAACAUAAAAUUUGCUCCAGCAUAGCUGUGCUAGAUUUUCCUGACAGUUGGUAGCUGCUGAACACAAGGAUAACUCCUCCCAGCCCGUUAAAUUUGUGCUGAAAACACAUCUUUUCACUGUGCAUGUGCCAUGACUUUCUGGUAAAGAAUUAACAUCUCCAAGUAAAAUGGUAAGGUGACUGAAAUAAGAGAAGAGCUGUGCUAACUAUCACAUGAGUGAAGAAGAAUUUGUUCACUACAGCCAUUUAACUCAAUAAUGGGAAAAUUACAUAUCUAGGUCAAAAGGAUUAGAAGAAUUUCUCUUUCAUUGAUUUUCUGAUUUUUGCAUAGAUUCAUCAGGCACUGACUGUGCAUCAUAUUUUCAUUGAAAAGAUAGAGCACUCAGAGUUUGGGGCACUCUAGGCAGUGUGUUCAUGUGCAAGCAGUGAGGUCUGCAUUUAGAUGGUAUUUCUAGAACAAAAGUGGCUGUGGCCCAAAUUACCCAUUAAAGUGCCUCUGACAGUGUCCCAUAGGACUUCAGGACUAAACCACACAAUGCAGCUUAUUGCACAGUGCUACCCCCUAGAAGCAAUGCCCAUUCCUGGCUGAUGCUGUGGUGUCCCUAUCUUGGACUGUUAUAAUGGAAACAGCCUCAGCCCCAGUGACUGUAGAUGUUGCUCCCACCUACACAGGCCAAACCCUGCUCUGUCUCAUGAGCUCUUGACCUGUGCAGUGUCCCUCUAUUGGCACUUUCCACUGGCUGUGUGUGCCAUCAGAUUUUUGUGAUUCAGUUUAUCCUCCCCUUUUCUUACAGCGCUGGAGUCUGCAGACACACUUCCUCACCUUCAUUAGCACUUAUUCCAUACACAGAUUUACCUUCCCUGCCAUUCCAAACUGAAUUGCCAUGGUUGCUGGUCUCUGGAUAGAGCCUUUUCUUAUAAGCCAGGGCAGUGGUUUUAAAUACAGCUCCAGCUAGGUCUGCUGUUCAUGCAGUUGGGCUAGCCACAAAGAAAGCUGCCAGAGGCCUGUUUUAGAAACAUGGUCCUGUGUUUGUGGCUGAUUUUCACAAACUUCUGACCUGGAGCGGGAGUUAGAUGUCCUGCGGUCACUUCCGACACAAUGGUUGUUCCUGCUCCUUUUACUGUCACAGCUCCCCACUACUGAGCAGUGUUGCCAGUUUGAAGGCUACUGUUUGAAGGCCAGUGUUCUGAUGCUCGGUCCCCUGUUGGAAGCAGCUGCCAUGUCACCAGAAGCUCCAUGUUUCCUGAAUCUUUCCGCAAUAACCCACAUCAUGAACAAAAUAUGUUGACAUCGGGUGUCUCAGCUUGGAGGGAUGCCUUAAGAGCAUCCUUCUGGCUGGGGUGUGGGCUUGCCCUUCACAGAGGGGACUGGUGCUUGCAGCUUAUCCAAAAAAGCACCCCUAUUAAACAAAGAAUAGCUGGCUGGAAACCAAAAGGGACUUAAAAAUUAGAGGAAAAAAAAAAAAGUUGUGGUUGGGUUUUUUCCCCCCAAAGAUUUUAAAGGUACACAAUCCUAUAACAUUGACUCCUGGCACCACAUGGUCUGACAUUGUUUGACAGUGUACCUUCAUCCAGCUGUGAACAGUCCCUUGACAGAGCACAGGAAAUCUGAAUUCCAUUUCUGAAUCUCUUCACUUCCUGCUCUCUGAUCUUCAGCAUCCUGCUCUUUUCUGUUUCUUGCUGUCCAUAGCCCCUGUAGUGCAGCAAGUUGGAAUAAAC